UCAGGUCUUGGCCCACUAGCUCAGUCAGGCACCCAGUGCGGCUGCCCCCGUCCCUCGCGCUCACUAUUCGACUCGCGUUCUCCCUCUCCUCGGCUCAGCCUCAGAAACAUCGUGACACAGGAUAGAAGUUAUCUCCCCUCGCACUCUCUCUCUCGUACUCUGAAGUUCUCUGGCCUCUCUCAGUAUCCGCUAGUCUCCAGCCCUGUUCUUUUCGUACGUUGAUCGUGUAAUGCCGGUGAUUGCCUUUCUCACAAAAGGGCCAAGUUGAAAGCAGGAACUUGACUCUGCAGUAAUGGCCCAGCUGAAAGCAGUUUCUCCUUAUUCAUGCUCGAAUCUAUCUCCCUUGGGACAUAGAACAGAGCAUCUACUGCUUCCCCAAAUAUGGUACGCGAAGCCAUCAUCACCUAGAGAGUUGAGGCCAAGAACAAACAUUGGCAUCACCAAACUUCCGGUAGUAAAAGCAGUUCUGCACAGUGAUACAGAGACAGACGUUUCCUAUGUCAAGGCUAGUGGGCUUCGAGGAAAAUUAAAUAAGGUUGUGCUAGCUUAUAGUGGUGGUUUAGACACAUCAGUCAUUGUCCCAUGGUUAAGAGAGAAUUAUGGCUGCGAUGUUGUUUGCUUCACUGCUGAUGUUGGCCAGGGUUUAAAGGAAUUGGAAGGUUUAGAAGAGAAGGCCAAAGCCAGUGGAGCCUCUCAGUUGGUGGUGAAGGAUUUGAAGGAGGAAUUUGUUCAGGAUUACAUAUUCCCUUGCUUGCGUGCUGGUGCAAUUUAUGAGAGGAAGUAUCUCCUUGGGACUUCAAUGGCUCGCCCUGUUAUUGCCAAAGCCAUGGUGGAUGUUGCGAAAGAAGUUGGAGCAGAUGCUGUCUCUCAUGGUUGUACUGGGAAAGGAAAUGAUCAGGUUCGGUUUGAGCUCACAUUCUUUGCUCUGAAUCCCAAGUUAAAUGUUGUGGCUCCAUGGAGGGAGUGGGACAUUACAGGGAGGGAAGAUGCGGUUGAGUAUGCAAAGAAGCAUAACGUACCUGUUCCUGUGACAAAGAAAUCCAUAUACAGCAGAGACAGAAACCUUUGGCACCUUAGCCAUGAGGGUGAUAUUUUGGAAGAUCCUGCAAACGAGCCAAAAAAGGAUAUGUACAUGAUGUCUGUGGAUCCAGAGGAUGCUCCAAAUCAAGCAGAAUAUGUGGAUAUCGGUAUAGAAUCAGGAUUACCCAUUGCAGUCAACGGGAAGAGGCUUUCACCAGCAUCUUUACUCUCUGAACUCAAUGAAAUUGGUGGAAGGCAUGGAAUUGGUCGGAUUGACAUGGUUGAAAACCGGCUUGUCGGCAUGAAGAGCCGAGGAGUUUAUGAAACUCCUGGAGGAACCAUUCUUUUCACUGCAGCACGGGAGUUAGAGUCUUUGACCCUUGACCGGGAAACAAUCCAGGUCAAAGAUUCAUUAGCCCUUAAAUAUGCAGAGCUGGUGUAUGCUGGAAGGUGGUUUGAUCCUCUCCGAGAAUCCAUGGAUGCCUUUAUGGAGAAGAUCACAGCAACUACAACAGGUUCUGUGACAUUGAAACUGUACAAGGGCUCUGUUACUGUGACUGGCCGGAAGAGCCCUUAUAGCCUGUACAGGCAAGAUAUUUCAUCAUUUGAGAGUGGUCAGAUUUAUGAUCAAGCCGAUGCUGCUGGGUUCAUACGGCUUUAUGGCCUUCCAAUGAGGGUGCGAGCAAUGCUUGAGCAGGGCAUCUAAGUUUUUUCUGCUCUUGGUGAUUAACAUGCUUGUUUUGCUGCACUUAAUUUUUGUGUAACUUUUAUUGGGCAAUUUCACAAACUUCAUUGCAAUAAUGCAUGUAGACAUCACAUAAUUUCCUUA